GCUUGGAACACGUUGCAAAAUGGCCUUGGACCCAGCUUCCCCCGAAAGGAAACAAGAAAUAAAGGACUGUUUGGGAGCAAUCAGGGAGCGCGUUGCGACAGCGUCAUCUUCGUCGCCCACCCUGGUCGCAGUUUCCAAGUAUAAACCUGCAGGCGAUAUCCUGGCUUGCCAUGAGCUGGGGCACCUUGACUUUGGCGAGAACUACGUCCAAGAACUCGAGGAGAAGGCGAAGAUUCUACCUUCCGAUAUUAGAUGGCACUUCAUUGGAACUUUGCAGUCGAAUAAAGCAAAGACCCUCGCAUUAAUACCCAAUCUGUACUCGAUCCAAACAUUGGGGUCUGUCAAGGCGGCAAAUGCUUUGAAUAAAGCUCUUUCCUCGGAUCGAACGACGCCUUUGAGAGUUCUUCUGCAGGUCAAUACCUCAGGAGAAGACGCCAAGUCUGGACUACCUCCACUGUCGUCGUCUGAGGACGUCAGCGCUUCGGAAUUGGGCAAAUUGGCUGCCCAUGUUAUCCGAGAAUGCCCAGCGCUCAGGCUGGAGGGGUUGAUGACGAUCGGGUCUCUGGAACUUUCCAUCCAUGCAUCAGAGACAGAGAAGAAUGCUGACUUUGAAAGGCUCAAACAAACUCGGGACAUCCUGAAGGCUUAUCUGGAGACCACCUUUGGCGAGGAUGGCACGAAACAAUGGGGUCAAGAAGGAACGGGGAAACUCUUGCUCAGUAUGGGGAUGUCGAGCGACUUCGAGACCGCUUUGAAAGCAGGUAGUGACAUAAUCCGGGUUGGCUCCAGUAUCUUUGGUGGGCGGCCUCCAAAACCUACCACAUAGAUGACGAUAAACUCUGAGCUAAAUCCCAAUGUAAAUAGCUGGGCAUGAAAUCUCCAUCUCCAUUCUUC